CUUACCACACAACUGAAGAGUCCGACCACCGCGCCGCUCGCUCUCGUCCGCUUCACGCGCACCUCUGGAAUGGUUUUGCACAGUCGUCUUCCGCGCUGACGUUGACGAGACGAAACUUCAUCAUCACCGAGGAUCUUGUGUUUUGUUUUACUCUGGUUUAUGUUUGUUCCUUCAUGACUGACGCGUUCAGGAGCGAGUCGCCAUCACUAUGCGAGCCCAAAUUGAAGUCAUCCCAUGCAAAAUCUGUGGAGACAAGUCAUCAGGCAUCCACUAUGGAGUCAUCACAUGUGAAGGCUGUAAGGGUUUCUUUAGGCGCAGUCAACAGAACAACGCCUCCUACUCGUGUCCCCGUCAGCGCAACUGCCUGAUUGACAGAACGAACCGCAACCGCUGCCAGCACUGUCGACUGCAAAAGUGCCUGGCUCUGGGCAUGUCCCGGGAUGCUGUUAAGUUCGGCCGCAUGUCUAAGAAGCAAAGGGACUCCCUCUAUGCAGAGGUUCAGAAGCACCAGCAGAGGCUGCAGGAGCAGCGGCAGCAGCAGACGGGUGAUGCGGAGGCCCUCUCCCGUGUUUACUCCUCCAGCCUCACCAACGGCCUCAGCACCCUCAACCACGAGAUCGGAGGCACUUAUGCCAAUGGUCACGUCAUAGACAUACCCAAGGGUCAGCAGAAUGGUGCUCCCGGAGGCUACUACGGCAUGGACUCUACCCAGCCUAGCCCAGAUCAGUCUGGACUGGAUAUGACUGGAAUGAAGCAGAUCAAACAGGAACCCAUAUAUGAUCUAACCCCCGUUCCCAACCUUUUCACCUACGGCUCCUAUCCAGACAGCCAGCUAGCACCUGGAGUGUCCAUGGGGGAAUUAGACCGAAUUGCACAGAACAUCAUAAAGUCCCACCUGGAGACGUGUCAGUACACAGCAGAGGAGCUACAGCAGCUAGCCUGGCAGACGCAUUCCUACGAAGAGGUCAAGAUGUACCAAAGCAAGACACGGGACAUGUUGUGGCAGCAGUGUGCUAUACAGAUCACUCAUGCCAUUCAGUAUGUGGUCGAAUUUGCUAAGCGCAUCACUGGCUUUAUGGAGCUUUGCCAGAACGACCAGAUAUUACUACUGAAAUCAGGUUGUCUUGAAGUUGUGCUGGUCAGAAUGUGUCGGGCAUUUAACCCUCUAAACAAUACGGUUCUGUUUGAGGAAAAAUAUGGAGGCAUGCAGAUAUUUAAAUCUCUGGGCUGUGAUGAUCUGGUCAAUGCAGUGUUUGACUUUGCUAAGAGUCUGUGUUCACUGCAGCUAACAGAGGAGGAGAUUGCCUUGUUUUCUGCUGCAGUGCUCAUUUCUACAGACCGGCCGUGGUUAAUGGAGCCGAGGAAAGUGCAGAAGCUACAAGAGAAAAUCUACUUUGCCCUGCAGCACAUCAUGCAAAAGAACCAUCUGGACGAGGACGCGUUGGCCAAGUUGAUCAGUCGGAUCCCCACACUGUCAGCUGUGUGCACCCUCCACACGGAGGAGCUCCAGGCCUUCCAGCAGCUCCAUCCAGAGACGGUUAACAUGCUCUUCCCCCCCCUCUAUAAAGAGCUCUUCAAUCCUGACGCCGCUAGCAUAAUGCCCAAAUGACCGAACAAGUUCACACCCAAAUUUGGCAAAAAGAACAGGUCUUACAUUCAAUGAUCAAUGGGCUGACCCUGGAAGGUGUCAUUGACGCUGUUGAUGAGCAACGUGUCGCAGCAUUCAAGGCAUUUUGUCGCCACAAAAAAACAAACACUAGGAAUGUCCUGCAUUUCAAAAAUCCAACUCAAUUUCACCGGUACAGUCAUAAGAAUGUAUAUAUGCGCCAGCAGCAAAAGGCGCCUUCAAAUUGACAAGAAAUUUACAGACUUUAAGACAAUUUAAGCUGUCUUUAAAAUUGGGUAAGUUUAUUUGCUUGUUUGACUUCUCUUUUUUUAUGAAAAUGUUUUAUAUUGAAAUAAGGGUGGGGGAUUGCGUUCAAAAAUGAUAAAUAUGUAGUAAUUUCUCUAGUACAAAAGCGGUAUUCCAGUAUUAAAUCUCGUUCUGUUAAUAUUUUAGUCAUAAUUUAAAAACAACAGUGGCCUGAAAGGCCCAUACCCUGUCUAUGUAAUUUUUCCUAUUUUUUUUUGUAGAUGUACUUGUACAGAAUUUGUGAAGCUGAAACUAGUAUAAGGUUAACAGGGGACUAACUUUGCCUGGCCAUGUUUAAAAGCCUUGUCUGGGCUGUAUGUAUAUAUGUUUAAAAAGCACCACAACAUUAAUCCAACAACAAAGGAUUGUUGAGGUGGAAAAAUUGAUAAUGGACACUUUUCCAUGCAAAAGUACAGAGAUAUAUUUGACAAAAAAUUGUAUCAUGUCAGUCAUAGCUGCAAUAACAGAUACUGUAAUGCAUUAACUGCUAAAAAACAAUCCAGUCAAAUGUGACAUAAUGGGUAGCAAUCAGAACUGCAAAUCUAUAAUCCUGUUUGCUCUAAAUGCCUCAAAAAACAGUUCUUACUGCCACACUGCAAAAACUAGUACACUAGCAUUAUGCAGUAACAGUAUAGCCCUCUUUCUCUGGAGACAUACUAGAUACUGUAGCUACUCUAGCAAGCAAUCAGCUCUAUUAGUUACUGCCACUGACAUUUCAAGUCAACUCAACUCUUUUCUGCUGCCUCAAUAAAAGAUUCUCGUACGCAAGCAAUAAUGUCAGAAAUGUCCAGAUCAAGGAGUGAUCAAUGUAUAGUUUAAACACAAAUUAAUACAUCUAAAAAUCCCAUUAUUUUCCAUCGAAACCACGUAAACAUGAGUUUCAAAGAUGUAAAGUAUUGUGAUAACGCCAUCAAGUUAGAUUUGGGAUUCCUAGUGACGUUCCUGUUUCCUUGACUUGGACUUCUAGUCAAGAAAUAUUUAAGGAAUGUGUACAGGAUUUCUAUUGGAUUAAACCAAUCCUAAAAGGGUAAAAUGGAAUCUUUUAAGAAACACAUAAGAUUAUUCUUUAUAAACUGAAAUUCUGAUUAAUCAGUUUGUUUAUUCUUUAUGCAUUUUCUAAGCCAUCAAGUUACAUUGGGACAUGAAUAAAAUAAGUAAUCUGAUUUGGGGUUAGGUGAUUGGCCAACAAACAAUUUUAGCAAAGCAGAUGUAUAUAAGGCUGCAUUGACAGAGGUUUUUUAAGCAAGCAGAGAGGUGUUCCCAGUAACUCCUGGGAUAUACUGCUUAAAAACUAUAAAGCUUAAUGGUAGUGUAACUGACAAUCAUCUUUGAUCUUUCAUUAUUUAUUCGAAUUUCCAUUUCUCAGAUUUCAGUAUAGAACCAUUAAGUGUAGCUACUGUAUGAAGAGUGCACUGUAUAUCAGUCAUGCACUCAGAGUAAGUCUAAGAAACUUCAAAUCAUUCUCUGGUGAGUACAGUAUGGGUUUGGACUCUCUUGGUCCAAUAAAGUACCUUCUCAAACCACCAGAUGGAGAUGCUGAGUGUCCUACUCCCCUUCUCUUGACUUGUACUAAUAGGAUCUAAAGCCAUAUGUCAGUUUGUUAUUAAGGAAAAAACAUUACAAUAACACAAGUCAGGAGUUGACAUAUUCGGUUUCACCAAACAGUGAAUUUUUUAUCUCGACGCAUUUAUAUUGUGAAAUGCACUUGAAAGCACUUAACUAACAUGAAGUAAUAACUACAGAUACAUGGUAUGAAAUAAAUGCACAAUUAUAGACUGCUGAGAAGCAAUCAUUUCACCUUUUUCGAGUCCUCCUACUUAACCAAACGCUCUCAGCCCAACUUUAGGGAGUUUCGAGCCCAACUUUAUGUCAGUUUCCUGUUCAAGACAAUCAUUUCUGGGAGCCAAUAUUUUGGCAUCCAUCUCAGGGACUUCUCUUUGAAUAUUUUAAUAGAAAGAGAGUACUAUUUUAGAAAUAUGGACAUUUUUAGGGAAUACAAAUCUAAUUGCAAUGGUUUCUACAAAUACGAAACCUACCCAGACAAGGCUUUGGUGUGUGUGUGUGUGUGUGUGUGUGUGUGUGUGUGUGUGUGUGUGUGUGUGUGUGUUUGCCCAUCAUUGAGAGGCGAAAAAGGCUGAAUUCACUGGCUGGCCUUGCCACACUGCAUUGCUUGUAGCACGUCCCAGCAAACAGGUAGCUCUCACUCUCUCUCUCUCUGUAAAUAUCAAUGUGCAGCCAAGCACCAGCAGUGGUGCCUAUGCUCCAAAUUAAAGCAUUGUAAUUAUUAAGCAUCUCCUGAAAUGAAAUGGAUUUUAUGUAAGUUAGAUUAUUUAUACAGAGCAUGAAUAAGCUGCUCUCUAUCUGUUUCUAUGCUCAUUACAGAAAAUGUAUUCAGUCAGAAAUCACAUUUUAAACUUAUGAUGAAGGCUGUUUUUGUAUUAGACUGUGAAUUGAGGGCAAGAGUAAUUUGUAACUAUAUGAGAGGUUCAAUAUUAUUAGGUACUGUAGCAAUAACUGGGAGCAUUUACUACAGUCAUGUUUGCAUUGUAAGAUUAUUUUUAUUUUAUUAUAAUUAUAUUAUUAUCAUUAUUAUUAUUAGCCUAUUGUUGUUCAGUUAUUCUUGCAUGCUGGUUCAUAAUAAUGGAACCUUUGGGCUUUUGUGUUUUCUUAUGUG